AACUUGGUGUAAGUUACAUUGAAUUUUAAGGUAACAAUGGGGUUCGUCUGUUGAAUUCCAAAUGGAAAUCCCUUCAUGAAACAGCCAGAAUGAGUAAGUGUCAGCCGUGCUUGACAGAACAUGGUGCAAAGUAACAACUGCCUGGAGUGAGAGGAACAUCGUUGGAUUCAUUCAUAUCUAUGCCUAUUUACUGUUUAUAUGUUUUAUAUGGGCUUUGUUGCAGUGAUCUAGAAAUAGUAAAAUGUCAUCUCAACGCUUCUUUUUUGCCACCCAUGAUUUUUCUGCCCUGCCUGAGUCGAUUGAAGGGGUGUAUGAGAGAGUGGAAAAGGGCAGCCUGCUAACUCCAACUAAUACGCCCCACUCUGCCAUUAUUAAAGUGGAUGACCCACUACACCCACCCACCCCACUCUGGCUCAAGGUGCUGGAAACAGAGAAGGUGGUCGGCGUAGCUGUAGAGUCCGUAUUGGAGUUGGGGCCCAAAGUUGGGAGAAUACUGGUGGCAGUGACAGACACGGAAGAGCGUCUGGCGUUCUUCAAGGACCAACACAGAAUGAGGGAAGUGAUUGAAUUGAAACAGGGGGACUGUGUGAGGGUUCAGGUCACUUCAUCCAGCGGACGCAAAGAAAAGGGUAUACUGCGUUACAGAGGACCUGUAUGCCACAAGCAAGAGAUUCUUUUUGGGGUCCAGCUUGUGGGCUCAGCAGUUGGUAAAGGUUUCACUGAUGGUUCAUUUCGUGGCCAGCGAUUCUUCCAAUGCGAUGAGAAUUGUGGGGUCUUUGUUCCAGGAAGCAGGCUGGAGAAGGAGCAUACAGAAUCCCCUAAACGAAGAACAGAAAAAAUGGAUGACACCAACAAAGGGAGAUAUGAAGAUUCAGUAUUGGCCUCUAGGAACCCUGCAGAAUCACGCCCAAAGCAACUGAACUUUCUGCCACGAGGAGUUACACAUAAGAACCCCCUGCAAACUGUAGAGAGAGGACAAAUCAGUGAACUUGGACCCCCAGAAGAAGAAAGGAAGGUCAGGCGUAUUCCAGAGGAGCACACUCUAGAGGAUGAGGAACCCAAAUGUUUGGCUACUCAGCCUGAAGCACCAGACUCCCAAUCUUCCUUCUGUCCUGCCUCUGAGGAUCACCAUCCACCUUCAAGUCUGUAUAGCCCACCUAGUAGUAUGUGCCCCUCAAGCCUGCAACUAGAAGCUGCAACUCUAAGCCAUAGGUUAGAAGUGAACUCCAUGGUUGAAGUGGAUGACCCACCCAUCUAUGGAGUAAUUCGCUGGAUUGGGCAGAUUGCAGAGUCUCCUGAGCUCAUUGCUGGACUUGAAAUGGAAGAAGAAAUGCCAACUGCUUGUACGGAUGGGAUAUACAGAGGAAAUCGAUAUUUUCAUUGUGGUCCCCAUAAAGCAUUAUUUGUCAAGCUGCGCAACUGCCGGCCAGACUCUCGCUUCUCCUCUUUGCAUGGUCAAAUCAAUCAGAUCCAAAGAUGCAACUCCAUUGCAUUCCAGGACUAUGCUAGCAAGAGUGUGGAGGAAAAUACCCCACCUGCCACAGGUAAUGAAGCAGUUGAACGUCUGACAGGAUGGAAAAAGGGCAUCCAGGGACAUUGCAAUUCCUGCUACUUAGAUGCAACACUUUUCUGUAUGUUUGCCUGUUCAUCUGUUUUGGAUACUAUGCUCCUGCGUCCUCCAGACAAGAAUGACAGCGAUUCAUACAUUGACACGCGGGACUUGUUGCGCACCGAAAUCGUGAACCCCCUUCGGAAGAAUGGAUAUGUGUGUGCCACUAAAAUUAUGGCCUUAAGGAAGAUUUUAGAAGCUGCUGGAAAGAGUACAGGAUUCACCAAUGAAGAAAAAGAUCCUGAGGAAUUCCUAAACCAAUUGUUCCAGGUCCUUAGGGUAGAACCUCUAUUUUAUAUAAGGACACUGAAGAAGAAGCCCCAGGGCUGUAUAUUCUACCAAAUCUUCAUGGAGAAGAAACAGUCAGUGGAUGUACCCAGUGUUCAGCAGCUCCUAGAGUGGUCAAUGGUUACUGGUGACCUGAACUUUACAGAGGCCCCUUCUUGCCUCAUAAUCCAAAUGCCCAGAAAUGGGAAGAAUUUCAAGAUGUUUCCCACCAUCAUUCCAACACUUGAGUUAGAUAUUACUGACCUGCUGGAAGACACCCCACGCCAGUGCUGCAUCUGUGAGUCGCUUGCAGUUGUCGAAUGUCCGGACUGCUACGAGGAUGCUGGAAUUUCCCCAGGACGCAUAAAGCAGUACUGCAAACUAUGCAGUAAGCAGGUACAUCUUCACAGCCAGCGACGUGGACACCGCCCACAGGAUCUAACUUUGCCUAAAGAUCUGAAUGGACAGGUUAUGUUUCAACGACAGUACAUGGAACUAUAUGCAGUAUUAUGUAUAGAAACCAGUCACUACGUGGCUUUUAUUAGACUGUGCUCUCAGAAUCCUCCUCUCUGGGUCUUCUUUGACAGCAUGGCUGAUCGAGAGGGAGGAGAGAAUGGAUUUAACAUUCCAAGAGUUACCCCCUGCCCUGAGGUUACUGAGUACCUUGAAAUGACCCCUGAACAGCUGCAACAGGAAGACCCAAAGAACAUGCCAACAUAUGUCCGUCGGCUACUGUCUGAUGCAUACAUGUGCCUAUACUAUAGUCCUGACCUAAGCCUUUACAAGUAAAAGGAUGCAUGUAAGACAACUAG